AUGCAGAGACGUUAUGCGUUGAUUAUAUUCCAAUUAAUAAUAGUUUUACGUGCCGAUGAAUAUGUAAAUGAACUUUCAACAAAGUGUCAAAAUACCAGAGAUGUUUAUUAUUGUGCAAAGUUUGGUAUAGUUCGUUCCAUCAACGACUUAACAUUUGAUUAUGAUUUUGGAGAAAAUAGUUCUGCUACUGAAUUGAAAAGUUAUCAACAUAAUAAUAUUUCUUCAUACGAUAAUAAUGAAGAGAACGAAUAUAUCAAAUUCUACAGAUUUUUGCGAAGAAAAGUUGAUACUAUUCUAAGUAAUCAUUAUGUUGCUUUGGUGCCUCAAGAUUUUAACAAAUUUCGAAAUAGCAGGCAGUUUUCAUUCCUGGACUCAGACCACGAUACAGAUAUGGACACAACCUUGCAAGACGUUCAAGAAGUUGGAAUAAAAAUAGCGAGUUGGGGAUUAAUAAUUUUCAUCUUAUCGGUAUUAUACUUCAUUUAUAAAGCUGCAGUGACUCUUCUAAUAAGUAUUUCAAUAAUCAAUUCAUUAUUUUUGGUUGGAUUUGCUUAUAUUCCUAUAGUUUUAUCAGAUAUUCAAGGUCAUUGUGAUAGUAGACCUUGGUAUUUUAGGAUAUUUGGUUAAUAAUUUAUACUGAUUCACCACUAGCUUUAUAGAUAACAAAAGUACACAAAUGUUGAGUGUUUCGGUAAUAUAUCAAAAACCUGCAAUAAAAUUUCAUAUAAGUCGAUUUAAACGAGGGGGCUUAGGAUAACAUAUGUGCUAAUAUUAUCAUAGGAUUGUUACAUAAAACGCUAAUAAACCUUAUGCAUUUUAGUUAAUAAA